AUGGAGUUUCAAAGAAAGGGAAUCACUCCGUUUAUUGAUAAUGAGAUCAAAAGAGGAGAAUCUAUCGGUCCCGAGCUCGUUCGAGCGAUCAGAGGGUCUAAGAUCGCAAUUAUCUUGCUCUCUAGGAACUACGCUUCUUCAAAAUGGUGUCUUGAUGAACUGGUGGAGAUUAUGAAAUGUAGACAAGAGUUGGGUCAAACUGUGAUGGCUAUUUUUUAUAAAGUAGAUCCAUCCGAUGUAAAGAAACUGAGUGGAGAUUUUGGGAAAGUCUUUAAAAAAACUUGUGCUGGUAGAACAGAAGAAGAUAUUGGGAGAUGGAGACAAGCUUUGGCAAAAGUGGCCACAAUUGCUGGUUAUCAUUCAGACAACUGGGAUAAUGAAGCGGCCAUGAUCAAAAAAAUUGCCACUGAUAUUUCAAACAAGUUGAAUUAUUCCAUAUCAUCAAGUGAUUUCGAUUGGUUUGUUGGGAUGAGAGCUCAUUUGAAAAAGAUGGAACCAUUGUUAUGCUUAGACUCAGAUGAAGUGAGAAUGAUUGGGAUUUGGGGUCCUCCUGGGAUUGGGAAGACCACAAUAGCUAGAGUUGCAUUCAACCAACUCUCCAACAGUUUCCAACUGAGUGUCUUUAUGGACAAUAUCAAAGCAAACUGCACAAGACCUUGUUCCGAUGACUACAAUGCAAAGUUGCAAUUACAACAACAAUUUAUGUCUCAGAUAACAAACCAUAAGGAUAUGGAAAUUCCUCAUCUAGGAGUGGCCCAAGAUAGGUUGAAGGACAAGAAAGUUCUUGUUGUUUUCGAUGGCGUGGACCAGUCAGUACAACUAGACGCGAUGGCGAAAGAGACUUGGUGGUUUGGUCGUGGGAGUCGAAUUAUCAUUACAACACAAGAUCAUAAACUUUUUAGAGCACAUGGGAUCAACCAUAUUUACAAGGUGGAUUUUCCACCAGCUGGUGAGGCUCUUCAAAUCUUGUGCAUGUAUGCUUUUGGUCAAAAGUCCCCUAAAGAUGGUUUUGAGGAGCUUGCUCGUAAAGUUACAGAACUUGUUGGUAAUCUGCCUUUGGGGCUAAGGGUUAUGGGCUCUUAUUUUCGGGGAAUGUCCAAGCAAGAGUGGAGAAAGUCACUACCAAGGUUAAGGACUAGCCUUAACGCUAAUAUUCAAAGCAUUUUGAAGUUCAGCUAUGACGCAUUAGAUGAUGAAGAUAAAGAUUUAUUUCUCCAUAUAGCAUGUUUUUUCAACCGUGGAGAGAUUAAGAGAGUGGAAGGAUAUCUUGCGAAUAAGUUCUUGGAAGUGAGGCAAAGGUUGAACGUCUUAGCUGACAAAUCUCUCAUAUCUAUCAACUCGGGAUCAUAUAUAGAGAUGCAUAGUUUGCUAGAAAAACUAGGUAGAGAAAUUGUUCGUAAACAAUCUAUUCAUGAGCCUGGACAACGCCAGUUUUUGGUCGAUAGAAGAGAGAUUCGUGAAGUACUGACCGGUGAUGCUGCAGGUAGUAAAAGUGUCAUAGGCAUAAACUACUUAUUCGCGGAAAAGUUAGAUAUAAGUGAGAGAGCCUUUCAAGAAAUGUGUAAUCUCAAAUUCUUAAGAGUCAAUGUUUUUCGUGAUACAUUGCAAUUACCGCGAGGUCUGAACUAUAUACCUCGUAAACUUCAAUUAUUACAUUGGGAUUAUUUUCCAAUGACAUGUUUGCCUUCUAUUGUGAGCUUGGAGUUCCUUGUCGAACUAAUUAUGCGUGACAGCAAGCUUGAGAAGUUGUGGGAAGGAACUAAACCGCUUAGAAAUCUUAAGUGGAUGGUGUUGAGUUCUUCUGUACACUUGAAGGAGCUUCCUGAUCUCUCAACUGCCACUAAUCUUCAGGAAUUGAUUCUGAGGGAUUGCUCUAGUCUGGUGAAACUCCCCUCCACUAAUGGGUAUACCAAUAAUCUUCAGAAACUGGAUCUUCGUAAUUGCUCGAGUCUGAUCAAACUCCCCACCUCUAUUGGGAAUGCCAGUAAUCUCGAGAUAUUGUAUCUCGGUGGAUGCUCAAGUCUUGUGAAGUUUCGUGCUUUCAUUGGGAAUGCCAUUAAUCUCAAAAGCUUGGAUCUUAGUAGUUUCUCAAAUCUGGUGAAGCUCCGUUCUUCUAUUGGGAAUGCCACCAAUCUGCGGGAAUUAAAUCUUCGUAAUUGCUCAAGUCUGGUCAAAAUCCCCUCCUCUAUUGGGAAUGCGACUAAUCUCAAAAAAUUAAAUCUUGGUGGAUGCUCAAGUCUUGCGGAGUUUCCCUCUUUCAUUGGGAAUGCCGUUAAUCUCCAAAGUUUGGAUCUUAGUAGUUUCUCGAAUCUGGUGAAGCUCCCUUCCAAUAUUGGGAAUGCUACCAAUCUAGAGGAAUUGGACCUUAGUUAUUGCUCAAAUAUGGUCGAGUUUCCUCUCUCUAUUGGAAAACUUCAGAAGUUGGAGAAGUUGAUAUUAAAAGGAUGCUUUAAGCUAGAGGUUCUUCCCACCAACAUCAACUUGGAAUCUUUACUUGAGCUUGAUCUCACUAAUUGCUCGAUGUUGAAAAGUUUUCCUGAGAUCUCCACAAACGUUAACGUUCUCAAGCUCAGUGGAGUCGCAAUAGAAGAAGUGCCUCCCUCGAUCAAGUUAUGGCCUCGUCUUAAUGAGUUGCAUAUGUCAUACUUUGGAAAUCUCAAGGGAAUUCAUCAUGCUCUUGACAUCAUCACAUUGCUGUACUUGAGCGAUGCAGAAAUAAAAGAGGUUCCUCCAUGGGUCAAGAGAAUCUCUCGUCUUAAGCUACUCUGGCUCAAGAGAUGCAGAAAGCUUGUAUCACUUUCACAAAUUCCGGAUUCCUUAUCAGUGAUCAAUGCAAAAGGUUGUAAGUCCCUGAAGAGACUAGGUUGCUCCUUUCAGAAUCCAAACAUCAGUCUCAACUUUGCUAAAUGCUUCAAACUGAAUCAAGAAGCGAGAGACAUCAUCAUCCAGGCACCGAAUAGCGAAUAUGCGGUCUUACCCGGUAGAGAAGUGCCUGCAUACUUCACACACCGAGCUACGAGUGGGGAUUCAUUGAUAAUUAAGUUGAAUCAGAGGCCUCUACCUACAUCUAUGAGAUUUAAGGCUUGCAUCUUGCUGGUUAAUAAAGGUGAAGAUGAGGCUUUUGAUGAUGAGGAUGGUUUAGACCAUUGUUUUAUUGUUACGUGUAGAAAAAGCCCGCGUUUUCUAUAUCCAGUUUUAACAGAGCAUCUGUACACAUUCGAAGUUGAAGUGGAGGUGACUUCCAGCGAGCUAGUCUUGGAGUUCGAGGGCAGUAACCGUGACAAUUGGAAGAUAGGAGAAUGCGGGGUACUUCAACUCUCGUAA